UCCCCAAACCCUACCGCCGCCCAAGCAUUCUUUUUUCCUCGAAGCGAAAAGUCCUCCGCCGGAAGGGCAAACGAGUUGUAGGUGACGAAAUUCGACGGUGGUAGCGGCGGAGGUGGCGAUGGAUCCCGACGCAGUUUCCAAGGCGUUUGUAGAGCAUUACUACUCGACCUUCGACACCAAUCGGGCAGGGCUAGCCGGCCUGUAUCAGGAAAAUUCGAUGCUGACCUUCGAGGGAGAGAAAUUCCUUGGAGUCCAAAAUAUUGCUGGUAAACUGACCAGUUUGCCUUUCCAGCAAUGCAAGCAUACGAUCACAACCGUCGAUUGCCAGCCAUCGGGCCCAGCCGGUGGAAUGCUUGUUUUCGUAUCGGGGAAUCUUCAGCUCGCCGGCGAACAGCACUCUCUCAAGUUUAGCCAGAUGUUCCAUUUGAUGCCGACUCCCCAGGGCAGUUUUUUUGUGCUGAAUGACAUCUUCCGGCUCAAUUAUGCGUAAGAAACAAGACAGCAGCAGGGCCUACUCUUGCCGAGAUUGAUAAUUGUCCGAGACAAGAUUAUCUUGUUUUUAACUUUUUUUCAUUUUUUGGGUUUCUGUUUAAGACUUAUUGGCACCAAUGUGGCCUUUGCCUUUGGGGGGUUUCUGAGUCGAGUCUUAUUGUGCAUUUCUAACUGUUAUGUUUUCUUUCAUCUCUCAUUUGAAAUAACUACUGAAACUCGUUUGCAAAAUGGUAUUUUGGCUUGUCUGAUCUUUUA